GUUCAUGACGGAUGCUGCACGCCGCGAGCAGGAGACCAUGAAAAAGAAGGCCACACCCAAACUGUCCCUGUCCAUCACAGGCGGAGUGUCCAGGAACAGCACGGCCACGCCCCCUCGCCACACAAGCGGUAACCUGACGCCUCCUGUCACGCCCCCCAUCACCCCGUCUUCCUCCUUCCGGAGCAGCACACCUACAGGCAGUGAGUAUGAUGAGGAGGAGGUAGACUACGAGGAGUCGGACAGCGAUGAGUCGUGGACCACAGAAAGCGCCAUCAGCUCUGAGUCAAUCCUCAGCUCCAUGUGCAUGAAUGGGGGAGAGGAGAAGCCAUUCGCCUGCCCCGUCCCUGGCUGUAAGAAGAGAUACAAGGUACGGCCACACCAGAGGAUAAGAGAAGUCAGUCAGUCGCAGCCGAGCAGCUAUACGACACACUGGCGCCUUUGUCUGGGGAUCACAUGUCUGGACAUAAC